AUGCAGCUCCAAUUUGAUUCUCAGUUUUUCAUGUCUAUUGUGUUUCUUGGUUUUGGUGGGUUGUUAUGUUAUUUGUACACUUCCUUUGUGGACAAGCCAAAUAGGCUUCGUUCUAAGCUAGUGAAGCAAGGAAUCAAUGGUCCACCUCCAACCAUACUGCUUGGAAAUAUUUUGGAGAUAAAGAAGGCUCGCUCUAACAAUUCAAAGUCUUCUUCUUCUGGAGCCCCUACCUCUCACAACUGUGCUGGUCUUCUCUUUCCAUUGUUUGAUCAAUGGAGGGAACAAUAUGGUCAAGUGUUCAUGUUUUCUCUUGGAACCAUACAAAUACUGUCCGUAAACCAACCUGACAUAGUGAAAGACGUCACUGUAUGCACAUCCUUGGACUUGGGGAAGCCUGCAUAUCAACUUAAACAACUAGGGCCUUUGGUGGGUGAAGGCAUUUUAUCUUCAAAUGGGUCUAGAUGGGUUCAUCAAAGAAAGAUUCUAGCUCCGGAGCUAUACAUGGAAAAGGUUAAGGGAAUGAUGAAUAUAAUUAGCGAGUCUGCUGUAUCUAUGCUAAACUUGUGGAAUGAUAGAAUAGAAGCAGAAGGUGGAGUUGCUGACGUAAAAAUUGAUGAGUGCAUGAGAAAUUUCUCAGGGAAUGUUAUUUCAAAAGCAUGCUUUGGAAGCAAUUAUGCCAAAAGGGAAGAAAUUUUCUUGAAACUCACAGCUCUCCAAGAGUUAUUGUCCUGGAAAAACGUAUCCAGACGUAUCCCUGGCAUGAGCCACCUUCCAACAAAGACCAAUAGAGAAAUAUGGAGAUUAGAAAAAGAGGUGAAAGCAAUGAUACUUCAGGUGGUGAAGGAAAGAAAGGAAAGAAAGGAAACUGCUUUUGAGAAGGACUUGCUGCAAAUGGUUCUUGAAGAUGCUACGAAUAGUAACCUUAGUAAAGAGGCCAUUGACAGUUUUAUUGUUGAUAACUGCAAGAAUAUAUACUUGGCAGGCUAUGAGACCACUGCAGUUUCAGCUGUAUGGUGCCUGAUGCUGCUGGCCUCAAACCAAGAUUGGCAAGAUCGUGUUCGAGCUGAGGUGCUAGAAAUUUGCAAGGGUAGAAUCCCAGAUUUUAGUAUGCUUGGUAAGCUGAAGCAGCUGGCAAUGGUUAUUCACGAAGCGUUGCGCCUUUAUCCUCCUGUGACUGUUGUGUCAAGAGAGGCCUUCAAGGACAUGAAAUUUGGGAAUCUUGACGUUCCCAAGGGGUUUAACCUUUGGAUAAUGGUAGCAAGUUUGCAUACAAAUCCAGAUAUCUGGGGAGAUGAUGCCUACAAAUUCAAGCCAGAAAGAUUUGCCAAUGGAACUUCAGGUUCUUGUAAGCUGCCACAUGUGUACAUGCCCUUUGGGGUUGGUCCACGAGUGUGUCUUGGACAGAACUUGGCCAUUAUUGAACUUAAGAUGCUCAUAGCUCUCAUGGUGUCCAAGUUCACUUUCUCCCUCUCUCCACACUACGUUCAUUCGCCUACUCUUAGGUUGCUCAUAGAGCCCGAGCAUGGAGUCAAUAUCUUGGUGAAAAAACUAUGA